UUGAUGGAGAACAGGACAGAAGUGACCCACUUCAUCCUGCUGGGACUGACCAAGGACCCAGGUCUGCAGCUUCCCCUCUUUGUGACCUUCCUCCUCAUCUACACCAUCACUCUGGCUGGGAACCUGGGAAUGAUCCUGCUGAUUGUGUUGGACUCCCGUCUCCACACUCCCAUGUACUUUUUCCUGGGCAACCUGUCUCUGGUGGACUUGUGCUACUCUUCAGCUGUCACUCCCACGGUCAUGGCUGGGCUCCUUCCUGGAGACGAGGUCAUCUCCUAUGGUGCUUGUGCUGCUCAGAUGUUCUUUUUUGUAGCCUUUGCUACUGUGGAAAAUUUCCUGCUGUCCUCAAUGGCCUAUGAUCGCUAUGCAGCAGUGUGCAAGCCCCUGCACUACACCACCACCAUGACAACUAGUGUGUGUAUUGGGCUGAUUGUAGGCUGCUAUGUCUGUGGCUUUUUGACUGCCAUAGUCUGCACGGGGAACACAUUCAUUCUCUCUUUCUGCAAAACCAAUGUGGUCCAUCAUUUUUUCUGCGAUAUUCCAGCAGUUAUGGCUCUCUCUUGCUCUGAUAGACAGGUCAAUGAGUUGAUUCUUAUUUAUGUAGCCAGCUUCAAUAUUUUUGUUGCUCUCCUUGUUAUCUUAAUAUCCUAUGUGUUGAUUUUUAUCACCAUCCUGAAGAUGCGCUCAGGUGCAGGACACCGGAAGGCUAUAUCCACCUGUGCCUCCCACUUCACUGCCAUUUCUAUUUUCUAUGGUASGAUGAUCUUCAUGUAUUUACAGCCCAGAUCCAGCCAUUCACUGGAUACUGCCAAAAUCACAUCUGUAUUCUACACUCUGGUCAUUCCAAUGUUGAACCCUAUGGUCUACAGCCUACGGAACAAAGAGGUAAAGAAGGCUUUCACAAAGAUUGUCUUGGAGGGCAAAUAG